UUUUGAUUGGCGUUUGGGAUUGGCCGGACUCCCUACAAGCCCAGGGUGCGUUGGGGUGCCCGGUCCUUUCUGCUAGGCCGUUCUCCUGUAUAGGAGGCAGCCAUGGCGCCCAGCCGGAAUGGCAUGAUCCUGAAGCCCCACUUCCACAAGGAUUGGCAGCAGCGAGUGGACACUUGGUUCAACCAGCCGGCGCGCAAGAUCCGCAGGCGCAAGGCCCGGCAGGCGAAAGCGCGUCGCAUCGCCCCUCGCCCCGCUUCCGGCCCCAUCAGGCCCAUCGUGAGGUGCCCUACAGUGAGAUACCACACCAAGGUCCGGGCUGGCAGGGGCUUCAGCCUGGAGGAGCUCAGGGUGGCUGGCAUCCACAAGAAAAUGGCUCGCACCAUCGGCAUCUCUGUGGACCCGAGGAGGCGAAACAAGUCCACGGAGUCACUGCAGGCCAACGUGCAGCGCCUGAAGGAGUACCGCUCCAAGCUCAUCCUGUUCCCCAGGAAGCCUUCUGCUCCGAAGAAGGGAGAUAGUUCUGCUGAAGAACUUAAGCUGGCCACCCAACUGACAGGACCUGUGAUGCCCAUCCGGAAUGUGUACAAAAAGGAAAAGGCCAGAGUNAUCACAGAAGAAGAGAAGAACUUUAAGGCCUUUGCCAGUCUCCGAAUGGCCCGUGCCAAUGCCCGACUCUUUGGCAUCCGAGCAAAAAGGGCGAAGGAAGCUGCAGAGCAAGACGUUGAAAAGAAAAAAUAAUGCGCAGUUGGAGAGUUGCAAUAAAUUUUCCAUAAAGCAAAA